UAUCGUCAUACGUCCACCAAGUUAGCUUUUCACCCACACUUAUCCUCUACCAACAUGACUAUAGUCUCGAAUGAUCCCGCUUUGUUGCCGUUCAUCAACGCAGAACGUGUUUAUAGCUAUUUUGCAGUUGCCUCCUUGAUUGGGGCGACGUAUGAUUGGGGUCAGCAUGGUCAUAUUUAAAUGACUGUUGAUAUCUUACAAGUGUUUUCAGCACUUACACUCGGACAAGAGAUUGAAUUGGUCUGGAGGCAACCCUGGUCUCUCAUGACAAUUAUGUAUCUCGGUGCGCGCUACAUUGGAUUAAUAUUUUGGGCUGCCCCGGCCGUACUGAACAGUGUUCAGACCAUCCCGCUAACAGAUACAGUGAGCUCUCUUAUAUACGUCGUACGGAGUUCGGGGAGUGCUUUGGCGUUAGCGAUGUUGUGCGUCAUCAUCGUCACUCGGUUAUAUGCCAUGUAUCAACGAUCCAGAAGAAUUCUGAUCUUUCUCGUUGUUACCUUCCUGGCUGUCUACAUUUUCACCGGAGUGGUAAUCGUACUAGCAGCAGUGUAUAGUUCAGGAGAGGAACUCAUCAUCUUCGGCAAUCAUCAGUGCUCGUAUGGCUUUGCGAAAGAUAUCACACUUCUGGUUUCCAUUGAUUGGAUAGUCAGCCUCGUAUGGGAGGUCCUCGCACUAUGUCUCGCAAUCUGGAUUGCUGUAAAACACUUCCGUGAGUUGCGGCUCGGAAAUGCAAGAGGGAUCAUCAAGGACUCUUUCACUAUGUUGAUAAAAACUCAGGUGAUUUAUCUUGCGAGUUUUGUUGCUGCUUCCUGCCUCUUCGUUAUUCUCGAUUUGUUUCCGACACUCUUAACGAAUCCCUUGGAAGAUCAGAUUUUUUAUGGCUUGCUUGAUAUUUUUAUGGUCGUGCAGAGGUCUGUGCUGGGACCACGCCUGAUCCUUAGCAUCCGAGAAUAUCAUGCUAAGCUCGUGGUUGAUUCCAACGCGGCGACUGAUAUGAUCUCAGUGGCUUUCCAGGAGCGUGUGUAUAUAUCAACUAGCAGUAGUGUGUAAUGCUCGGUGAAGUUGACAGCUGACUGGUGCUCUACAAAGAGUAGGGGAAUUUAUUCCUACUUUCGUGAUGGUAUUGACCUAAAUUAUUUUGGGUUCCGAAGGAAGUUUCAAGGAGACGUACUCUGGGCAAAGUUUUCGUCGUAGUAUUUGGUUAUAAUAAGUGGUUUACUAUCCGUGGUGGUUAUGUUUGUUUAAACCAAUAUUCU